AAAUAAUCGAUUAUAUUAAGCAAUCGAGUAUUACGAGCAUUUCUCUUGAUUAUUCCCAUCACCAGGCGGCAGACACCGCUAUUCGCUAUUCGAAUCGUCAUUCACUGCGUUGUUUAUUGAAUAAUAUACAGAAGAUUUUAAGAUUCCUUGGAUUGCCGCGGUUUUUGCUGUUAUUGGUGAUUUGUGAAUUUCUGUGAGUUGUAUAAACCCAAAGUAAUUAACUAUAACUAUCUUGGUAUAAACUUAGUAUAACAUUGUAUUAAUUAAUAAUAUCAGUCAACAAUAAAAAAAAGUUAAAAAGUAUCCGUGUCCAACAUGAGUUUCAAUUUCGGGACGCCCAAAACCACAAAUCAGCCUUCAACGUUUACGAUGACUACACCAGCUGCCAAUACUCCGUGGGGAUCAACUCAAGCUCCAGCUGGUUUCUCCUUAGGAAGCAAUACCCAACCAGCUCCUACUGGUUUUUCAUUGGCUAAUACCACACAAGCAACAACUGGUUUUUCAUUAAGUAGUACCACACAAGCGUCAACUGGUUUCUCGUUGGGUGUUACAAACCAACCAUCUACUGGCUUCACAUUGGGAACAACUCCAGCAUCUACUGGAUUCUCGUUAGGUACAACUCAAGCAUCUAAUGUUUUUUCAUUGGGCUCAAAUCAAACAUCAACGGCUUUCUCUUUGGGUGCAACUCCAACUGUUUCUACUGGAUUCUCAUUAGCUAGUACCACCCAAGCACCUACUGGUUUCUCCUUAGUUACAACUCAAGCAUCUGCUGCCUUACCAUUGGCCACAACUCAAGUAUCAAAUGCUUUCUCAUUGGGUACAGUUCAAGCAUCAACUGCUUUCUCUUUGGGUACAACUCCAGCAGUUUCUACCAGUUUCUCAUUAGCUGGUACCACUCAAGUAUCUACUGGUUUCUCAAUGGGCACCACACAAGCAUCUACUGGUUUCUCAUUGACCACAACUCAAGCAUCUACUGGGUUCUCACUGGCCACAACUAAAUCUUCAACAGGUUUCUCUUUAGGUACAUCUCCAGCAGCUCCUACUGGUUUCUCGUUAGGCACAACAAGCGCUACUGGAUUUUCAUUGAGCUCUUCUGGAACAACCACAGCCCAAGCUACUACAAUCCAAACUACUGCAGUAAUUACUACCCAAGCUCCACCUGUUACAUCUCAAUCAGAUAGUCAAUCCAGUGCAGUUCAACCGACUAAUUUCCAACAGCUUAUUGAUUUAAUUAACAACUGGACUGUCAGCUUAGAAAAUCAAGAAAAACAAUUUCUUAAUCAAGCAAAUGAAAUAACAGUUUGGGAUAAUAUGUUGACAAAUCAAUCUGCUAAAUUGGUAAAACUGUAUGAUAUUCUGGAGCAAAAAGAAAAAGAACAAGUAGAUAUUGAAAAUGAACUUGACUUCUUGUUAUCCCAACAAAAAGAACUUGAAGAUUGUUUAGUUCCACUAGAACAAGAAUUACAAUCUGCUGAAGUAUUGAGUAGCUUGAACAAUGAAAGAGAACCAAUAUAUAAAGCGGCUCAAGAAAUCGAUAACCAAGUAAAACAAAUGUCAGGGGAUAUAAAAGAAAUAGUAAACAAUUUAAAUAAAGCCAACUCGAAAAAAGAUUCUGAUGAUGAUUUGGAUACUAUUUGUCGAAUAUUGAACUGUCAUAUGACAGCAUUACAGUACAUAGAACACAAUGCAGAAAAUUUAAGUUCAAUGGUAUCUGAAGUGAAUGAAGAACAUUCCCGUUUCUUAACUGCUGCUAAUGAUAACUCUUUUAUAUCUUUUAGGAAAUAAAUAUUAUUAUAAAAUUGAUAUUAAUAUUUCAGUAAAUUAUCUUCAUCCUUUAUUGUGUUUAAUCAUUAAACAUUAUAUUAUUAUGUAAAAUAUGAAAAGAUAUAAAACAUGUAUUAAAUAUUUAUGAAAUUUAUACUUGUAAUAAUUAAUAAAAACAUAAUAAUUUUUCAAUGAGUACCAAAUCAUUUGUAAUACAAAUUAAUUAAUUAAUUGACAAAAUAUGAAUGCUAAUGUAGUAAGUUAGAUUUGACACAAUUACAA